GCCUUUUGUUAGGACAACUACUGCAAACAACUGCUAAGAGAAGGUACCGCGAUUAAUACCCCAGACGUGAUUAGUUGAGUCCCACCAUGAGAAACGGCGGCCCCACAAUCGCGUUGCUGCUGAUCUUCGGCGCGUUUCUGCUAGCAGCGCAGCCAUCCAGAGGCGCACCACGCCAGUGGUGGCGUAACGGUGCCGAGUCCCAGCCUUUUGCGGCGCCCGCCAGAGGCAACGCGGGCAAAUUCCAGGCGCCAGACACCCGCCGGUUCUGCCGUGUACAUCGUGCGCCUGAGCACGGCGCCCCCCCUCUCCGAAUACCGCGGCGGAAUUGCGGGGUACCCCGCCACUGCCACGUGGGACGACGGCAGCGACGAGGAGGAGAACGACGACGACCGCGUGCCGGAGAUGCUUCUCGCGGCCGAAGAUUCCGGCGCAGCAGGCGGCGAAUCCGAGUCAGAGCCCGAGUCCGUCGACUUGGACGACACCAACGCCGAUCAGCACUUCCCCAACGCAACUGCGCCAGCGCCAGCAGAUGCGGCGCCUGAAACCAGUUCGACUUCCAGCGCACGCGGUGGUCGUGGGAAUGGUGGUGGUAGCAGCAGCGGCAGCGGCGGGUGCGCGCGGCACAGGCUGCAUCUGAGCAUGGACCGCCCCCAGGUGGCAGCGUUCGCGUCGCUGCUGCAGCGGCAGCAGGCGCAGGUGGCAUCUGAGGCGGGCCGUGGGCGACGGCGACCUGCUGUACAGCUUCAAGCACACGUCCAACGGCUUCGCCGCGCGCCUCACCCCGCGCCAGGCGUGGCGCCUGCAGCGCCAUCCCGCCGUGGCGUCCGUGCGCCGCAGCCGCGUGUUCCAGCGGCGGACCAGCGACUCGCCCAAGUUCCUGGGGCUCCCCGGAAAGGUGUGGCCCGCCGUGGGCGGAUAGAGCAAGGCGGGCGACGGCACGGUGGUGGGGAUCAUCGACACGGGCAUCUGGCCCGACACCCCUCGUUCUCCGACAAGGGGUUUAGUUCGAACUUCCCCUCUGGGUGGAAGGGUAAAUGCGAGCAGUCCAACUCCGGGCCAGCGGCAAGCCCGCGCUGGGCGAACGACUGGCUCACGCCACGAGACGCGGACGGGCAUGGCACGUGGUGCGCGGGCGCGGCGGCGGGGAGCCCGGUGGGGCUGCAGGGCGGCGGGCAGGUGAGCGGCAUGGCGCCGGCUGCGCGGAUCGCGGCGUACAAGGUGUUCUGGACGGACCGCAGCAGCGGGGAAAUGUAUGCGGACGAGUCAGACAUCAUCGCAGCCGUCAAUCAGGGCGUGGCGGACGGCGUGGAUGUGCUGUCGCUGUCCCUGGGGGGCAUGGAUCCCAACGACAACUAUUUCAACGACCUGGCUUUUAUGCGGGCCAACGCUGCCGGGGUGUUCAUUGCCUUUGCUGCUGGUAAUGCUGGCGCUCCGGGCCAGUCACAGGGGGGUGGUUACCGCACGGUGGACAACUUCGCACCCUUCUUUCUGACUGUGGGCGCCAGCACCAUCGCACGGGGAGCGUCCCUAGCUUCGGCAGCAGCAGCAGCCGGCACUCAGUCGCUCCCCCUCAAUGCCAUUGCCGGCGCCGCCAGCACCAACAGCACUGUCAACUGCAACGGCACUGGCAGCGGCAACAGCACAGGCAACGGCACCAUGCCAGGUGAUGGCAGCGGCACCACUUUCACUGCCGACGGAGGUAUCACCUUCGCCACCUCCUCCUCCUCCGCCCCGGUGGUUGCUGACUUCUCGUCCCGCGGCCCCCUCAUACCGCCCUCUGCCACGGCCCAGCCCCCCCAACCAGGCAACGCCAUCCUCAAGCCCGACAUCAUCGGCCCCGGCGUGGACCUCCUAGCCGCCGCUCCUGGGAAGAAAAUCGGCGACCCCGGCGCCCUCGCCCGCCUCUCGGGUACUUCCAUGGCCACCCCUCAUUUGGCGGGGCUGGCCGCGUUAAUUAUCCAGAAAUUCCCCAACUGGAGCCCGGCGCAGGUGAUGUCGGCGAUGAUGACGACGGCGCGGGUGACUGACACGAGCAGCAGCCCCAUCAAGAGCUCCACUGGCGGGGAUGCCACCCCCUGGGAGAUGGGGGCAGGCCAUGUGUUCCCCCUGCCAUGCUCAACCCCGGCCUCACCUACGACGCCCGAGACAAAGACUACCAGAAUUUCCUGGCCGGGCAGGAUCUGACCCGGGCGAAAAAGGAGUUCCCAGGGGUGUCCCUCUCCCCCCUGGCUGUGCGCAAUCUCAACCUUCCCACCAUUACUCUACCGCGCCUGCAGGGCUCGAUUCAGGUGACUCGCACGGUCACCAAUGUGGGAGGGGCCCAGUCCACAUACAGUGUAUCUGGGAAGGCGCCAGCAGGGGUGAAGGUGACAGUGGCGCCUAAGAGCCUCACGGUUGGUGCCGGGCAGAAGGCGAGUUAUACUCUGACGUUCACUGUGGAUACACCCAGCAAGGACUUCAAGUACGGGUAUAUAGUGUGGGCGGAUGACCAGGGCCACAGCGUGCGGUCCCCCUCGUGGUGCAGCCACUCUCGCGCUAAAGGGGGAGAGGGUGAGUGCUUGCUGCUCUUGCAGUAAGGGCAUGGGUGCUGUGCGGUGCUGUCCUGGCUGCUAGUGGUGCGGCUGAUGCUACGGCUGGGAGCGUGUAGUGGGUCAUUGGUCGAAAUGUGAUGGAUGGACACGGGGGUUCAGCCAGGCAAGGGCAAGGGUUGGUUCGUGCUGGCAGCCUCACAUGUUACAGGGAUGACCUCCGUCCCUGGCCACGUGAAGACCCUGCUUUUAGGCUCCAGCCGGUUGAGGCUAUUGCCUACAUGUUAGGAUGCGACCGUACCACCUGUAUACAUGGUGCCAUUAU